ACAAGGUGAGCCUACAGAACACAUCCAGGAUCAUACAGGGGGAAAAAACGAUUCUAGAGAAUCGCACUUCGGAAUAGCCUAAAAUAAGACUGAGCUCUUAUGCACUGGAAAGUUAAUAUUCUUCAACUUUAUCGUUGGACAUGCCACCUCAAAUGGAUUAUUAUUGUGAAGAAUCCCGCGUCCCCUCUUCAUGCGGACUGAUGAGCCAAGAGGCCAGGUUGGAGAGGGAGCCAGUGGCUAUCAGCUGUAUGCUGGUGGGGGACGGGGCUGUGGGGAAGACGAGCAUGAUAGUCAGUUACACCAGCAAUGGAUACCCCACAGAAUACAAACAGACCGGCUUUGACGUCUUUUCUGGUGAGUACCUUUCAAUUACUGGAAAGAAAUUUAAGGAAAAAAAACGUUAUAGUCUAUGUUUAAAACCUUAUAAUAUCCUAAUUUAUGACAUUUAGUCAUUUAGCAUACGCUCUUAUCCAGAGCGACUUACAGUUAGUGAGUGCAUACAUUAUUUUUUUUUUUUUUCAUACCCCCCCCCGUGGGAAUCGAACCCACAACCCUGGCGUUGCAAACGCCAUGCUCUACCAACUGAGCUACAUCCCAUUAUGAAAAUGUAAUAACUAAAUGUAUUGUUUUCUACUAGGUAAUUGCACUGUAUAUUAUUGUUUAUGGAAAAAACUAGAGCCUAUGAUUUACAAACCCAAACUAUUACCAAACUUGAGUUAUGAAAUAAUUGCAUUCUGUUUUCUUCAAUAGGUCAGGUCCAAGUGGAAGGAGCCCCAGUCAGAAUACAACUACUGGACACAGCUGGACAGGUAAGAAUAUAUAUAUAUAUUUUUUAAAAUAUAUAUAAGAAAAUUAUAUCAUCCAUAAUGAAUAGUCUAUUCUUGAAUCUCAUCAGUCCAAUUUAAUUAAUCUCAUCAUUGCAAUUUAAUGACAACGGUUUGAAACAUGUUGGAAUGCAAUUUAGAGAUGAAUUAGACAACAACAUACGUCUGCUUUGUAGAAUCAGUCAUGAGUAAUGAUAAAAAAUAAUGAGUGACAGGAAAGCAAUCAGUCUUUCACAUGUAGCAGCAGUAGUUUGGUUCCAAAGGCCACUACAUGUCAUACUGUGUGAGUCAUCGUCUCUCUCUGUCACGGCGUCCAUUGUUGUUGUUCAGACCCCCAGACAGCAUUCACAUUCACACACACUGCUGAAUCAGCUAACCUGACCCCUUUUUCUUUCUCUCUCUCUCUUUCUCUCUCCCCCCCCCUACCCCACCCCCAUCUUUCUCUCUACCAUGACAUUUCCAGGAGGUGUUUGACCAUUUUCGCUCCCUCUCCUACUCCCACACGGACGUCUUCCUGCUCUGCUUCAGUGUGGUCAACCCCGCCUCCUUCCACAAUGUCACCAACAAGUGGAUCCCCGAGAUCCGAGCCUGCAACCCCUCAGCUCCCAUCAUCCUUGUGGGCACCCAGUCCGACCUCCUGCUGGACGUCAACGUUCUGAUCAACCUGGCCCGCUGCGGGGUCAAACCGGUGCUUAGCCCUCGGGCACGGAGCAUGGCGGAGAAGAUCAGAGCGGCGGACUAUGUGGAGUGUUCUUCGUUGACGCAGAAGAACUUAAAAGAGGCGUUCGACGCGGCCAUCUUUGCUGCCAUCAAACACAAGGCCAGGAAGGAGAAGAAGAGGCAGCUGUCGGACAGACGCACCAAGGCCUUCUCUAAAUGCAGCUGGAAGAAGUUCUUCUGUUUUAUCUGAGAUGAGAUCCCAUGGGUCCUGGACAGAAUAAUGACUAUUAUUAUUUAUUAACUCAUGAAGACUUACUAAGAGCAUGGAGCUUUGGAAUCAUCCCAGCAUUGGUGAAUGAACUGAGUUCUAUGGGACU